AGGCGGUGAAGUUUUAUGUCUAUUAUUUAUCUGUGUUUAUUUUUAUGUGUAUUAUUUAUCUUUAGUUUGGAGGAGACGAUCGUGAGAUACGUCAGACAGGCGGUGAAGGAGGAGGUCAGUAUAGCGGUGAGGGAACAGGGAGCCAGUAUCAGCGACAGCGUACUUAACGCCAUGAGAUCAGGGGCCGUAACUCCUGUACAGGUCACGCCUGACCCCCACCAGCUCCAAACUCAAGUCCUGAAUCUCCUCAGACAGGGCCAGCUCAACGCAGCAUUCCAACAGGCAUUAUCAGCUUCUAAUCUUGACCUGGUUGUGUUUGUGUGUGAGACAGUCAAUCCGUCACAGGUGUUUAACCAGAGCCCAUGUCCCCUCCAACAACCUGUACUUCUAUCUCUGAUACAACAGCUAUCAGCUGACAUAGGAAACAACACAGAACUUAAACAUAAAUACUUGGAAGAAGCUGUGAUGAAUCUAGACACUUCUAACCCUGUGACUCAAGGCCACAUGAGAGGCGUGUUAAUGGGACUGAUUCAAAAACUGAAGACCUACAUAACAGCUAACCCUAACGACAAGACCACACGGUCCUUACGCAUGUUACAAAUGGCAUCAGAGUCUUUACUUAAGUGAACAGGGGUUGUCUUAGCUUGUCAGAACUUCCAUUGUUAUAAAAACAGGAUCUCUGCUAUAGAUAAAGUAAUGUGUACUAGGAGGAACACGUUAUAGAACAGUCAAGGAUCCUUGGAAAUUGAGUCUCAGUUAAAGCUGGAAGAUUUAUUAUAUACAUGUAGGAAUCAUGAACUUUGUAACUCAUUUUAACUUGAAUGGAUACAGGAGUGUAAAAGUUAGUGAAUUAUCAUUUUGUUUAUUUUUAGUACUAUGCCAUACUAUUUGAGAACUUGCUGUAUUUGUAGUAUUUAUGUAAUUGAUGGAAAACAAACCUGUCUUAUAGAUGUUAAUGAAGCAAUAUUUUAUAUGUUUAAAAUUUGUUAAGAUAUAGAUAAAAUCGUUCUUCUAUUUAGUUUCAAAGGAAUUAUUUAAAUCAGAUAUGGGCUGCAGACACUGCUAGGAAAAAUUCUUUGUAGCACGCACUAGUUUUUAGUGUUAGAUUUUGCAAAUAUCAUGAUAAUUA